UGACUUCCGGUUACUCAGUGUCAUAUGAUCAGCGCUGGACUGUCCUUCAUGUCAUUCGUGGCAAUUAGCAAAGACAUCGACGAACUGUAACAGUGUCAAAAGUCUCAGUAGUCGUAUCCGACCAUGUCAACAUUGGUAGCAAACAGAGCGAUGGACGUCAACGGCUUGGCAGCAGCUGCGAGGACCCACACACAAGCUGUGACCAGAAACUACAUCUCUCAACCCAGGCUAACUUACUCUACUGUCUCAGGUGUAAAUGGACCUCUGGUGAUCUUGGAUAAUGUGAAGUUUCCCAGAUAUGCAGAAAUUGUACACCUGACUCUACCAGACGGUACCAGGAGGAGCGGGCAGGUUCUAGAAGUGAUUGGAAGCAAGGCAGUCGUCCAGGUCUUUGAGGGAACAUCAGGCAUUGAUGCUAAGAAGACAGCCUGCGAGUUCACUGGAGAUAUCCUGCGUACCCCUGUGUCAGAAGACAUGCUGGGUCGUGUGUUCAAUGGUUCAGGCAAACCCAUCGACCGUGGGCCCACUGUUCUAGCUGAGGACUACUUGGACAUUAUGGGUCAGCCAAUCAAUCCUCAGUGCCGCAUCUACCCUGAGGAGAUGAUUCAGACUGGCAUCUCUGCUAUUGAUGGCAUGAACAGUAUUGCCAGAGGACAGAAGAUCCCAAUAUUUUCUGCCGCUGGGCUGCCCCACAAUGAGAUUGCUGCCCAAAUAUGUCGCCAAGCUGGCCUGGUGCAGAAGUCUAAAGAUGUGAUGGAUUACAGUGCUGACAACUUUGCCAUUGUCUUUGCAGCCAUGGGGGUCAACAUGGAGACAGCUCGCUUCUUUAAGUCUGACUUUGAGGAGAACGGCUCAAUGGACAAUGUCUGCCUUUUCCUGAACCUGGCUAAUGACCCAACGAUUGAGCGUAUCAUCACUCCACGUCUGGCGCUGACUACAGCAGAGUACCUGGCUUACCAGUGUGAGAAACACGUCCUAGUUAUCCUGACUGACAUGAGUUCCUACGCUGAAGCUCUGAGAGAGGUCUCUGCAGCCCGAGAGGAAGUUCCCGGCCGCCGAGGCUUCCCUGGCUACAUGUACACUGAUCUGGCCACUAUCUAUGAACGUGCUGGUCGUGUGGAGGGCAGAAAUGGCUCCAUCACCCAGAUUCCCAUUCUCACCAUGCCCAAUGAUGACAUUACCCAUCCAAUUCCUGAUCUGACUGGAUAUAUUACAGAGGGUCAAGUGUAUGUUGACAGACAACUCCACAAUAGACAGAUAUACCCACCCAUAAAUGUGUUACCCUCACUCUCUCGUCUGAUGAAAUCUGCUAUUGGUGAGGGGAUGACCCGGAAGGACCAUGCUGAUGUUUCAAACCAGCUGUAUGCCUGUUAUGCUAUUGGAAAGGACGUCCAGGCCAUGAAGGCUGUGGUAGGAGAAGAAGCACUCACCUCUGAAGAUCUGCUCUACCUGGAGUUCCUACAGAAGUUUGAGAAGAACUUCAUUGCUCAGGGCCCGUAUGACAACAGGACUGUGUAUGAAACUUUGGACAUUGGCUGGCAGCUGUUGCGAAUCUUCCCCAAGGAGAUGCUCAAGAGAAUUCCCCAAAGCACUUUGGCUGAGUUUUACCCUAGGGAGUCCACAGCCCGUCACUAAGCUGUAAUUCACUAACAUCCAUCCUCCUCUCCUUUUUCCUUUAUUUCAUCUCACCCUUCAGUCGUAUAGAUAUCGUAUGGUGAAGUCUUCACCCACCCCAAAUCGCAGCUAUUUCUAUUCUACCCACUUCUAAAUUCCCCAUGAAUAAACUUCCCCUCUGUAAGUGUACUUUAGUGCAUCUGUGUCUUUAGACAUUUAUGAAAAGUGUGGUUAUAAAGUGUACCCUUGAUUACAAAUGUUAAUCUUCACAAUUACAAAUCAGCUUGCAUUUAUUGGAGUGUGUUAAAACUCGAUCGAUUGUUUUUUUUUCUAUUAGUUUUGGACUAUAUAUAUAUAUAUAUAUAUAUAUAUAUAUAUAUAUAUAUAUACACAUACAUACAUACAUACAUACAUACAUACAUACAUACAUACAUACAUACAUACAUACAUACAGUGUUUUGCCUGGGGGUCAUUUAAGGCCUCAAGUUUUUUUCAGAUUUUUUUAUGUAACCAUUUCAUCUUUGGUAAACAUGGACCAACAAAGACCCCCAGUUGACUUCAUGUAUUUGAAAGAAAACAAUAGAUAUUUGCUUUUUUUAGUUUUAGUUAACUUGAGUGUAUGAGUAUGAGUAUAGUAAACAUUCCUGUGUAUUUGCAGAUUUAUUUGAUGUAAUCAUGAUUUUGUGAGCUUGUGAGUGUCUACAUUAAAUUGUGAGAAUCAUG